UUUUUUUUUUUUAAAAAAAAAAAAAACGGUGCCGGUUAAAUCCCAUUUGAGUAGUUAUGAGGUACAAUACAUGGGGUACCUAGGUACCUGGUAGCAACUUACCUAGAUAGAUGGUGGGGUCCAAGUCGAUAGCUAUGGCCGUGUUAGGUAACCUUGGUGCCCCAAGCUUAGGUGGAUCUUAUGGAUUUUACGAUUCGUAUGCACGGUGAAAUAACUUUUCCAUCUCCCGCGGGGGAGCUUCCAAAAUUUCUAGGCGACAAUCAUCUUCAAUACGUAUCAUAAGGCAAGCUUCGCGAUACGCCACUUUUUUUACUAGGAACUUGCCAUUUUUACUACGGGUGCGAGUUCUUCUCGAGUCUUUGUUACUCAGGUUUAAUCUAAUAAUAUCGGGAUUCCAAUCACCUCUUUUCAAGAUGCAGGCCCCUGUUUUGGUUAUGAACACCCAAAGUGGUGAUAGACAGACAGGCCGAAAAGCCCAACUGUCUAACAUUGCUGCCGCGAAGACUGUUGCAGAUAUCAUUCGGUCAUGUCUCGGUCCUAAGGCCAUGCUGAAGAUGUUGUUGGAUCCUAUGGGCGGUAUUGUCCUCACCAACGAUGGCCACGCUAUCCUACGAGAAAUCGAAGUAUCACACCCCGCUGCGAAAAGCAUGAUCGAACUUAGCAGGACGCAGGACGAGGAAGUUGGUGACGGCACGACAACUGUCAUCAUUCUAGCCGGUGAGAUUCUAGCACAUGCCCUCCCGCAACUAGAGCGAAAUAUACACCCGGUCGUUAUCAUUUCCGCCUUCAAGCGUGCUCUCAAGGAUGCGCUCCAGAUCAUCGACGAGAUAUCCCUACCCAUAGACAUCAACGACGAUAAGGCCAUGUUUGGCUUAAUCUCUUCCUCUAUCGGCACCAAGUUUGUUUCAAGAUGGACAGAUUUGAUGUGCAGCUUAGCUCUUAACGCCGUCCGCACAGUCACCUGGGAGGCUGGAAAUGGCAAGCAAGAAGUCGAUAUUAAGCGAUAUGCCCGCGUGGAGAAGGUUCCCGGUGGCGAGAUCGAAGAUAGCAGAGUCUUGGACGGCGUUAUGCUCAACAAGGACAUUACUCACCCUAAGAUGCGAAGGAGGAUCGAGAACCCCAGAAUCGUCUUGCUCGACUGCCCGUUAGAGUAUAAGAAAGGUGAAUCACAGACAAAUAUCGAAAUCACAAAAGAGGAGGACUGGAACCGUAUUCUGCAGAUUGAAGAAGAACAGGUCAAGGCCAUGUGCGAGUCCAUCUUGGCCUUUAAGCCCGACCUAGUCAUCACAGAGAAGGGUGUCUCCGAUCUUGCCCAACACUAUUUCGUGAAGGCAAAUGUGACCGCGCUGCGCAGAGUUAGGAAGACGGACAAUAACAGAAUAGCUCGUGCCACUGGCGCGACUAUUGUGAACAGAGUGGAGGAUCUCCAGGAAUCAGAUAUCGGAACUAAGUGCGGUCUAUUCGAAAUCGAGAAGAUCGGCGACGAGUACUUUACCUUCCUUACCAAGUGCAAGACCCCCAAGGCGUGCACAAUUCUACUCCGAGGACCUUCGAAAGAUAUCUUAAACGAGAUAGAGCGAAAUCUCCAAGACGCUAUGGGAGUAGCGCGGAACGUCAUUUUCCACCCCAGACUAUCUCCCGGUGGUGGAGCUACGGAGAUGGCGGUCUCAGUACGAUUAAAUCAACUAGCAAGGAAUAUCGAAGGCGUACAGCAAUGGCCGUACAAGGCGGUUGCCGACGCCUUAGAAGUCAUUCCUCGAACUUUAGUGCAGAAUGCCGGUGCUAGUCCCGUGAGAGUCCUCACCGAACUUCGUGCUAAGCAAGCAGAAGGAAAGACCUCAUGGGGUAUUAACGGAGAUACCGGAUCAAUCGUGGAUAUGCAGGAAUUUGGUAUCUGGGAGCCUGAGGCUAUCAAGCUCCAGAGUAUCAAGACCGCCAUAGAAGCUGCUUGCCUCUUAUUGAGAGUUGACGACAUCUGUAGCGCAAAGAAGGCUCAGCAAGUGGGAGCACCCGGAUUGGGUGGUGGUGACGACUAAAGGUGGAAAUAAAAUAAAAUAAUGGAUUAAGAUGUUGAGCAAGCCUACCAGACACGGAAUGAUGAGAGGACAUACCCCCUUGCACGAACGGCUGGUCUAAAAAAGUCACGAGAUAGAUGAAUUAGAUGGCUCUGCUACCAAAUUGAUAGUUGGUCUAAUCAUGCGCCCUGUGAGACGUUGGCUUAUCCACGAAGUCAUGGAACUACUUGGAUUUCCUGGCGUAACCUUGUCAACUAUCAAAUAAUUUAGGCUUCUCGAGAUUUCGUAGCAUAGGUACCUAACAUAUCAGGCAAACCAAACUCUGGCAUCUGAAGAGACAGGCAGUAAUAACAAAAUACAAACUCACAACUGAGUCAUAUGUACUACUCAAGUUGAAUAAGGGUGACUCCUUUUGACUUCUUUUCGUUUGAAGCGCUGAGUGUAUCUGAAUUUCCCCCUAAGUCA